AUGCUUUGCGCAAUUUCGGGAGAAGCUCCCCAGGAGCCCGUUGCCUCAAAGAAGUCGGGCACCGUCUUCGAGAAGCGCUUGAUCGAGAAGUACAUCGAAGAGAACGGCACAGAGCCCGUCACCGGCGAAGCCUUGACGGCCGACGAUCUCCUCCCGUUGACCCAGUCGCACAUCGUCCGACCUCGACCCCCGACCCUUACCUCCAUCCCAGCGCUGCUGGCGACCUUCCAGAACGAGUGGGAUGCGCUAGCUCUGGAGACAUUCAACUUGAAGGAGCAGCUGGCAAGAACGAGAGAGGAGCUCGCUACGGCUCUGUACCAACACGAUGCCGCCGUCAGAGUUAUCGCCAGAUUGACAAAAGAGAGGGAUGAGGCCAGAGAGGCGCUGUCCAAGGUCAGCGUCACCGCUGGUGCUACAAAUGGAGAUGCAAUGGCUAUCGACUCUGCCGAAACCCUUCCCGAAGAGCUGGCCGAGAAGGUCAGCGCCAAGCAUCAAGAGCUGUCCAAGGGUCGCAAGAAGCGUCCAGUUCCUGAGGGCUGGGCUACCCCCGAUGAUAUCGCCUCCUUGGACACUGUGGCCUCCACAUCGACAUCCCUUUCGCAAGCCUCCUCUCUUGCCCUCGAGGGUAGUUAUGCUGCCGUUGGUGCCCGUGAUGGACAAGCGGCGAUAUACUCAGUCGAAGCGCAGCAGGUUGAACGCCAGGUUGCAGUCAAUGAGCCUGUUCUCGAUUCUGCCUGGACUGGAAGCAAGCUCAUCUUUGCCACGAGCAAGGGGUCCGUCAAGAUUUUUGAGGGCGGUGCGGAAAUCGCGUCGCUCUCUGAGCACGCUGGACCUGCCACGUCGCUCAGCGUUCACCCCACGGGUGAGCUGCUUGCUUCCGUUGGUUCGGAUAAGAGCAUUGCAUUUUACGAUAUUCACGCUCUGAGAAGAGUCAGCAGGGCAUACACAGACGCCUCUUUGACAUCCUCUGCUUUCCACCCCGACGGCCACCUCUUCGCCGCUGGUACGGUUUCCGGCGAGAUCAAGCUCUUCCACACGACAAGCCUCGAGUUCGCCACUGCGUUCUCUCUUGGCGCGCCCGUUGAGGCUGUGACUUUCUCAGAAAACGGAUUCUGGCUGGCGGCUACGGCGAAGGGCCAGAGCUCGGUUACAAUUUUCGACUUGCGCAAAGAGGGAGACGCUGCUAGAGCCAAGACGCUGGAGACGGGCGGACCUGUCCAGUCUUUGGCGUGGGACUAUACCGGCCAGUUCCUUGCCACUGGCGGUGCGGGAGGUGUCACUGUUCAGCAAUACAUCAAGAGCUCCAAGGCAUGGUCGGAGCCUUUCAGGAGUUCCGUUGCGGCGGCGUCUGUGAAAUGGGGCCCUGGAGCCAAGCAGCUGGUUUCUGUCAAUGAGGAUGGCGUCGUUUCUGUGUUUGGAGUUAAGGCGGAAUAA